GUCGGUUUUGGUUGGAAAGACAUGAGUCGGAGUUUAUUGCGGAGGGCAGGUAUCCGGCACAGCCAGCCAAAGUUUCUCCACGACGAACGGGAUUUGUGCGUCGCAAAGGGAUUAUAAUCUGAAAAUGUCAGCAGCCAUGGAUGUGAGGAGAAACUCGGAGGUGAGCGGGCGGCUUGCAGACAAACAUGACUGCCAACAAGAGUUCGAAGGCUGUGCCUCGUGCAGGAGGGGGUAAAGCUCCCCGGGACGUCCCCGACAGGUGCCAGUCCACAUCGCCGUGUCCAGCCCUCUCUGCCAGCCCGGGGCAGAGCCAGCAGCCCCUCCUCGGCGACGGCGACAACUCUGGCAAACAGAGCAGGUACGUCAGGACCGACGGCCGGUUUCUGCUGCGCGCUGGAUGGACCAGCAAGACAGCUAGCCUGUGCAGCGGCGCAUUGCUCCCGAGUGACACCGAGUCCCAAGCCCGUCUCACCAAAUCCAAGAGCAUCAGCUGCCUGGACAACAGGCUCUCCAUCUAUAAGCCCCCGGCUCAAACCAAGUCUUGUCAGGAAAGUCAGGGCGUCCAGGAGCAGAAGGAGAAACAGGGGGAUCUCUCAGCGGGAGAUGGACUUAACGGUCGGCCCCUGAGCUGGAGCACACUCUCACUGGGACCUUCCUCCAACCAAGGCCACAAGCGCAGCCUGUCUCUCACCCGCUCAGUGGCAGGUGUCCCCCCCACCACCAUCCGCAAAAAGAUCUCAGAAUGGGAGUGCAGACGGGUGUCUCUGCCUAGGAUGAGCUUGUUACUGGAUAAAAGAGGAGGCGAGCGUGUAGGGGGUAGCGAGGGCUGCCCGAGCCUGCUCUCUUCUCCCUGCAGCGAAAAGACUUUUGACUUUAAGGGCGUUCGCAGGAUGAGCACAGCGUUCUCCGAAUGCUCCUACACAGAGGAAGAGGAAGGAGUUUCAGAAAAAGAGGGCCACGGCCGCUUCCAGAAAAGGAUAAGCAAGACAGACUCCUCGGGGCCGUUUGUGCGCUCCCUGUCAGCUCGUAAAGAGACGUCGGCCGUCCUCAACAGGAUACAGAAGAUAGAGCAGGCCCUGAAGGAGAAUCCCAGCCCAACACCUCCACGUUAUCUGAGCAACUGCUACGCUCCAGACAAGGCCAGACAGAAGUCCUUUGUGAUAGGUGACGACCUGGACAGUCCAUGCGCCAGUAAGCGCAGCAGCAUUUGCUCGGUGGCCACUGAACCAGACGCUGUUUUGGUGCCCGAUAAGCUCUCUAAGCUCAGACAAAGGUUCAGUGUGAGCUCGGCCAGGUCCGAGAGCCCGGAACCUCCCAGCCAGCGGAGCUCCGUCGGCUCGCCGGUCAACCCCUUACCCAAACCCAAACGCACUUUUGAAUACGACGCCAAACGGGAGCAGAAGGGCGCGUUGCCAGCUAAUGGACUACCUCCGGACAGAGCCUCGGAGUCUCCCCCGCCUCUGCCCUCCACCCCAGCACCCAGCAUGACGCGAGCAGCAAAGACUGACGGCAGCACCCCCACGAGGAUCCAGGACAGAGAGUCGUGCGAGUCAGAGGAUGCUGCGAGCUUGCCGUCUUCAUAUCCGUCCUCACCCACAGAGAAUGGCGCACUGACCACAGACGCACGGAGUCGACCCAAUUCCAAAAGCACUUUAGAGGAGAAUGCCUAUGAGGACAUAGUAGAGAAGGAGAAUCCAUACGAGGAUGUUGACCUGAAGCGGAAGAGUUUGGGUCGGAAGUUGGAGAGCAACAGAUCUUGGACCAACAUGGAUCGGAAACUGAACUCCCCACCUCAGUUGCCGUCCAAACCCAGCAGCCAGUCCCUUCGUCUGCCUGGUCCGAGCGACAGGAAGAGCCACCGGAUGUCGCAGCUGUCGAAGCGCUACAGCCACGACGAGAUGCUGCUUCUCCCCCAGAUCGGCGUGUCGACGUCACCUUGCGGCCUGCUGGAUGAUAGCCUCUGUAGCACCAGUGAUACGUUGGCCUCGCACCGGCACUGGAGGAUCCCCAAGCUCGUCCAGAGGAUCAACUCCAUUUACUGCACUAAACGUGGGAAGAAGAGGCUGAAGAAACUGUCCAUGUCCAACGUUGAGACCGCAUCUCUGAGAGACGACAACAGUGAGAGCGAGAGCGACUCCGACGACAGGUUCAAAGCUCACACCCAGAGGUUGCUCAAACUGCAGUCCAUCCUUCGACGAGCCCCCAGCUAUCGUACACUGGAGCUGCAGCUCAUUGAGUGGCAGGAGAGGGAACUCUUUGAGUACUUUGUGGUGGUUUCUCUGAAAAAGAAACCCAGCAAGAACUCCUACUCCCCGGAGGUCACCUACCAGUUCCCCAAGCUGGACCGACCCACCAAGCAGAUGAGGGAGGCAGAACAGAGGCUCAAAGCGAUUCCUCAGUUCUGUUUCCCAGACGCAAAAGACUGGAGUCCUGUCUCCGAGUACGCCAGCGAGACCUUCUCCUUCAUGCUGACCGGAGAGGACGGCAGCAGGAGGUUCGGGUACUGCAGACGCCUGCUGCCGACCGGGAAAGGACCUCGCCUUCCAGAGGUGUACUGUGUCAUCAGCCGGCUGGGCUGUUUUGACUUGUUCUCCACAAUCCUGGAUGAGGUGGAGAGACGGAGGGGCAUCUCAGCAGCUCUGGUUUAUCCCUUCAUGAGGAGUCUGAUGGAGUCACCCUUUCCUGCACCAGGGAAGCUUAUCAAAGUGAAGACCUUCCUGCCCGGCGCAGGAAACGAGGUCAUCGAGCUGAGGCGACCCACCGACUCCCGGCUGGAGCACGUGGACUUUGACAGUCUGUUCAGAUGUCUCAGCGUUCGGCAGGUGAUCCGGGUCUUUGCCUCGCUGCUGCUGGAGCGGAGGGUCAUAUUUGUGGCUGACAAACUCAGCACCCUGUCCAGCUGCAUGCAUGCGGUGGUGGCGCUGCUCUACCCCUUCUCCUGGCAGCACACCUUCAUCCCCGUGCUGCCGGCGUCCAUGUUGGACAUCGUCUGCUGUCCCACUCCCUUCCUGGUGGGGCUGCUGUCCAGCUCGUUGCCGAAGCUUAAAGAGCUGCCCGUAGAAGAGGCUUUGAUGGUCGACCUGGGAACUGACCGCUUUAUCCGACAGAUGGACGACGAGGCCUCGCUGUUGCCGCGGAAACUUCAGGCGGCUCUGGAGCAGGCGCUGGAGCAGAGGAAUGACAUCAUCAAUCAGGACUCCGACAGCGAGUCAGACGAAGAGUACAACUCCUUGAACAGCCUGGUGUCAGAGGCCUUCAUCCGCUUCUUCCUGGAGACCAUCGGACAUUACUCCCUGUUCAUCACUCAGAACGAACGCGGGGAACGCAUUUUCCAAAGAGAGGCCUUCCGCAAGUCGGUGGCGUCCAAGAGCAUCCGACGUUUCCUCGGCGUCUUCAUGGAGUCUCAGAUGUUCGCAGGGUUCAUCCAAGAUCGGGAGCUGAGGAAGACACGCGCUAAAGGUCUGUUCGAGCAGAGGGUGGAUCAGUAUCUGGAGGAGCUGCCAGACACGGAGCAGAGUGGAGUCAACAAGUUCCUCAAAGGACUCGGAAGCAAAAUGAAGUUUCUCCACAAAAAGAGCUGAGGGGAGAACUGAAGACCUGAUGUCUCUGCAUCAAGACAAUUCUCAAUUUUUUAUUUUUUUGUCUCUUGUCAACAAUUUUUUUGUAAUUUGUUUUUGUAAUGUGUGUGUGUACAUAUUAUUUCACUGUAAGCUGUGAUACUCUUCAGUGUAUGUUUAUAGUACCUAAUGAGAUAGCGAUAGCAGGAUGGUACACAGCGAGUGAGUCAUAGAGUAACCACUGAUGUCCGGGGCGUGCUUGUGCAGAGUGUGUGAGUGUGUGUGAGCUGACGUGGGCGUAGUAGAUGUACAGAUCGUAUGUUUUCAUUUUUGCAUUAUUUUACGACAGUGUUGUCCUCUGUUUAAGGAGCGUAAAGCCUACUCGAAAAACUGUACAUGUACAUGGAGACGAUGAAGAUUUUUAACUCUUCGUGGUCUUUUGCAAUCUUUUAAUAAAAAAUGGUUAAAGUGCUUUAAA